CACGCGUCCUUAAAGGGCCCCGCCGCCCGCCGGCGCCACCGCUGGUUGCCCCAGCCAUGGGGAGUCUUGUCCUCCUCCUCUGCACCGGUGUUACCUGCUUCAGCGCGGCGGGGGCCGUGCCGCCGGGAGGAGAUGGCACCAUCGCGGAGCCGCUGGCGGAGGGGCGGGAGCGGGUGUCAACGGCCAAGCCGCAGGUGAGGUUCCAUCUCCGCUCCACGCGUGACUCUGAGGAGGACGGCUGCCCGCUCAUAAUAGGCCAGUGCCUGGAGGGCUGCGGCUUCAACGUGACAGCUAAAACCUUCCUCAUCAUUCACGGCUGGACGAUGAGCGGCAUGUUUGAAACCUGGCUGGGCAGCCUGGUGUCUGCUCUUCAGGAGCAGGAGCAGGAUGCCAAUGUGGUUGUAGCGGAUUGGCUUUCGCUUGCCCACCAGCUCUACACUGAUGCUGUGAACAACACCGAGAUUGCUGGAAGAAGCAUAGCAAGGCUGCUUGAUUGGUUACAGGAGAACCCACUCUUCCAGCUUGAGAACGUCCACCUGAUUGGGUACAGCCUGGGUGCCCAUGUUGCUGGCUUUGCUGGUAACCACGUCCAUGGGACAAUAGGCAGAAUUACAGGCUUGGAUCCAGCUGGUCCUAUGUUUGAAGGAGCGGACCCCAGUAAGCGCCUCUCCCCUGAUGAUGCUAACUUUGUGGAUGUCCUUCACACCUACACAAGGGAAACACUAGGUGUUAGCAUUGGGAUCCAGAUGCCUGUAGGCCAUGUUGACAUCUACCCCAAUGGGGGAGACUUCCAGCCUGGCUGCGGUUUAAGUGAUGUCUUGGGAGCAAUUGCCUAUGGGACAAUUGGUGAAGUUGUUAAAUGUGAGCAUGAGCGGUCUGUGCACCUCUUCGUGGACUCUCUCGUGAACCAAGACAAACAGAGCUUUGCAUUUCAAUGUGCUGAUUCCAGUCGCUUCAAGAAGGGCAUCUGCCUGAGCUGCCGGAAGAACCGCUGCAACAGCAUUGGCUACAACACCAGGAAGACAUGGAACAAAAAAACCAGCAAGAUGUACCUAAAAACAAGAGCUGACAUGCCGUUCAAAGUCUACCAUUAUCAGAUGAAAAUGCACAUAUUCAGCUACAUGAGCUUGGGAGAGACUGAUCCCACUUUCUCAGUCACCCUUCAUGGCACCAAUGGAGACUCUAAGCCUGUUUCUUUAGAAAUGCUUGAUCAAAUUGGCCUAAACGCUACUAACACCUUCCUGGUCUAUACUGAAGAAAUAGGUGAACUGCUAAAAAUAAAGCUCACCUGGGAGGGAACAUCUCAUUCAUGGUACGAUCUAUGGAAGGAGCUGAAGAGCUACUGGUAUUGGCCUGCCAAGUCUUCCCAGGAACUGCAUAUCAGACGUAUACGCGUGAAAUCUGGGGAAACGCAACAGAGGUUUGCUUUCUGUGUGGAGGUUUCCCAGCUAACCAGUAUAACUCCUGGCAAAGAGCUCUGGUUUGUGAAGUGCACAGAGGAAUGGCGAAAAAGGUCCAUCUCAAAUUUGCUCUGAAGAAUUCUCUGAAGACUCACAACUGAGCAACCUAGAUACAUGAAGACCACACAGAUGGCAAGAUGCUUUGGCAAAAAUCCAGCUCAGUAGCACUUAAAGCAACUGGCUCUUCAGGACAAAACAUCUUGGAUCAGAUACAAGAAACUGAGGAGCAAUUGAUGGACUGUGGUCCUAGACCUAGAGUAACUAAAACUACAUUCUCCCUUC